CGGGGAAACGGACGAGGCCUAUCAGGCCCGGAUGCUGCUUCUGAUUACCGAAGUUAAGCAACGGUCGGAUGCAGUAGCAGCCGCAGCAAAGCAGAAGGCAGAGGACGCCGAGAAGGCACGUCUGUUGGCAAUCGAACAGCAACACCGGCACGACGAGGCAGCAGCAAAGGUUGUCGAUGAAGAACGGAUUCAACGACGCAAGAAGAUAUUCAGCGGAAAGCGAGUUUUGCUCACAACGGCAACGGAUUGGCGGGCCGAGGCCGAGAAUUGCAAGAUGGAAGAGAGUGAAAACAAGAUCGCUCUACUCCUCUCCCAUCUCACGGACCUCCUGGCAACAUGCAUUACACAGCAGGAGGACAUCCACAGCCUCGACGACGCGUUGGCUCAAGUCUACAACCGCCUCCGGCAGCUGGAGCAGCGACCCGUCGCCGCCCUCGAUGCGAGCUCUUCCAACACCUCCGAUCGCCUCAAGGUAUUGGAGAUUGACGUCGGCUCCCUCAAAGACGGCGUGCAGUUACAGCAAACCGCAACGCAACAGUUGGAGCAGCGGAUUUGUACUGCCGCCAACCACUCGAGCUCGGAACCGCACGAGACAACUCCAAAGUCCGAUGGGAAGGAGAUCUUUUGAGACUCGACGAAGACAGACCCGAUUCCAUGGUUCCACAAGCUCGAGUUCACGUUGCAGCUACACUACGUCAAAGAACACAAGCACCACGCGU